AUGAUGACACUCCUCACCUACCAGCCGAUCAAAGGCGCGUACGUGCUCGCAGCAUUGGGAUUUGAGCUUCUCUGCCUGCCCCUAUUCAUUGUCAAGUACCUCACCAGCUAUGGCCGACAACAUCCCGAGUGGACCUUCCGCCAGGCGCUUAUGACGCGAAUCGUGUUUGCGUUUAUCUACCACGUUGCAAACAUCCAAGCGAAUCAGCCGACCCCACUGGUGCCAGGUAGAGAGAAGGAGCGCUUCGUGCGCAUAAAGCCUGCGGGUGGUGACCAGUACAAAGGCCCGUUGAGGAUCAACAACGAUGUGCAGCCUGUCGAGAUAGGUGCGACCUGGUACCCAGAGUCUCUCUCAGCGUCCGCCGACAAGAGCAGUCUCAAAGUCAUCCUACAUAUCCACGGCGGUGCAUACGUCUCCGGCGACGGCCGAACAGCAGCAAGCGGGUACUUCGCCAAGCUCCUCCAGAAGCAGGUGGGGGCAACUCAUGUCCUCAUGCCGCAAUACCGUAUCUCCACUCUCCCUGCAAGCAGGACAUCCAACCCGUUUCCCGCUGCUCUUCAAGACAGCUUGACCGCUUAUCUGUACCUGCUCAACGACCUGCGCAUUCCGCCUUCCAAGAUCGUUCUCUCAGGCGACAGCGCCGGCGCAAAUGCUUCCAUCGCCCUAUUGCGCUACAUGGCCGAGUACGGUGUGGAUGUGUCGUUGCCGAACCCCUCCGCCGCACUCUUGUGGUCGCCGUGGAUUGACCCCUCGGACACAUCCGUUGAUUUUGUGCACAACAACCCGAACUACUCAACCGAUUAUCUAUCCGCGCCCUUUACGCUGUGGGGAGCAGGUGCGUUUGCAGGAUCUGGUGGAAAAGCACUGCUGUCGCAUCCAUACGUGUCGCACAAGAACCAGACAUUCAAGACGCCGGUCCCGCUGUUCGUGAAUACGGGAAGCGGAGAAAUACUGUAUUUUGACAAUUGCGAGUGGGCACAGAAGAUGAAGGAGGCAGGUAAUGAUGUGACGCUGGAUGUGGAGAAGCACGUGCCGCACGACGUGGUGUGGAUAAGCAACAUACUCGGGUUUGACAAGGAGGCUAACGCUUGUGCAAAGCGGGCAGGCGAGUGGUUGAUUGAAAAGAUGAGCUGA